GAGCCUUGAGGAAUCAAAGAUCUUCUUUCUGUCCUCUAGUUCGGCACCCCGACACAUGGGGUCAGCGCGGGCCGAAUGGGCUCAUAGCAUAGGCUGACUCGGACGUCAAUGAGAGAGAGAGCGCGCGAGCGUUAAUUAGAAAAACCUGGUGAGGCAAUUAGGCGCGAGGACAGAACACGCGCGGAGCGGGGCGCACACGAUCUGAUUUAGUGCUCUGGGUUCCUCGGCACCAUGAGUUGGAGCUUCCUGACGCGUCUGCUGGAUGAGAUCUCCAACCACUCCACCUUCGUGGGGAAGAUCUGGCUAACCAUACUUAUCAUCUUCCGCAUUGUGCUAACAGCCGUUGGUGGCGAAACCAUCUACUAUGAUGAACAGAGUCAAUUUGUGUGCAACACCCAACAGCCUGGAUGUGAGAAUGUGUGCUAUGAUGCAUUUGCUCCGCUCUCACAUGUCAGAUUCUGGAUCUUUCAGGUGAUAAUGAUCACCACUCCCACCAUCAUGUACCUUGGCUUUGCCAUGCACAAGAUAGCUCGCAUGGAUGACACAGAGUACCGUCCCGUUCGGAACAGGAAGAAGAGGAUGCCCGUAGUCAGCCGCGGGGCAGUGCGGGAUUACGAAGAAGCAGAGGACAACGGAGAGGAGGAUCUAAUGAUAGCUGAAGAGAUCGAACCAGACAAGCCAGAUAAAGCAGGAAAAAGUGCAGAGAUGAAGCAUGAUGGUCGACGACGGAUUCUCCGUGACGGCCUCAUAAAAAUCUACGUAUGCCAACUGCUGUGGCGCUCUGCCUUUGAGAUCGCAUUCCUCUUUGGCCAAUACAUCCUCUAUGGUUUCAAUGUCCUUAACACCUUUGUCUGCACUCGGCCACCGUGUCCACACACGGUGGACUGUUUUGUGUCCCGACCUACUGAGAAAACGAUCUUCCUGCUGGUGAUGUAUGUCGUGUCCUUCCUCUGCCUUUUCCUCACCAUCCUGGAAAUCCUCCAUUUGGGUAUCAGUGGCAUCCGUGACACGUUCCGCAGGCGGGCCAUUCUCAACUCUCGCCACACACAGCGUCUGCCCUCAUCCCGCUCCCUACCCACAGCUCCACCUGGAUACCAUGCCACCAUGAAGAAGGAAAAGCUAAAAGGAGAGCUGAGGGACUUGCCGAUGGGUGACUCCGGGCGGGAGAGCUUUGGAGACGAGGGCCAUUCAUCCAGGGAACUGGAGCGGCUGAGGAGGCAUCUGAAAAUGGCACAGCAGCAUCUGGAUCUUGCAUACCAGGCAGAUGAAGGAAGCCCCUCACGCAGCAGCAGCCCGGAGGUGAACACAGCUGUACAGACAGCUGCUGAGCAGAACCGCCUCAACUUCGCACAGGAAAAGCAAGGAGAGUCGAGCGAGAAAGCAUUGCAUGCCUGAGCGUGCUUCCAGCCUCAGACGUCUUGUCCUUCCAUUCCUACUGGCCUUAAGCGUUGGAGAGCAGGGGGGGAAGCACACACGGGAAAGCAGUCAGACCACUGAGGGAGACCAAAGCGUGCGUUUGUGUGUAAAUGUGUUAGUGUGGAUGAAAGAUUUGUGCCUUCCAGUAUUAGUGGCCAGUGCAAGGCAAAAGAACUGCUGACUGAAUCUGUGUGACACUCGACUUGAAAGCCGGCCACAUCUGGACUUUUUCUGCUCACCAAACCUAAACUGUGCCUUCAGUUAAGCCCCGAUCUUUCACAUAUCCUGUUUAUUUGUAGCCAUGCAAUAAUCCUCAUCCAAGUCCUGUAAAGCUCCCAAACCCCUCUGGCUGAGCCAGCUGUUUGUGCUUUUUUGUUUCUUUGUAAACUGCCACUGAAUGUUGUUGAGGCUUGUUGUUCUUGGAUUCCUGAACAGGAUGGUCUCGGGCUAGAUCAAUUGGACUUGUGCAGUAUCUUUUUUUUUUUUUUUUUUUUCUUUGCAAGAAGAUUUCCCUAACCCAUGCUGGCUAUGUCAACAGAACUGAUACAGAUCCUUCAAUCAUAGAAAUGUUUAAAUGUCCAAUUGGCCAAAAUGUAUACCUGGGCAAUGCUUGAAUCCUUAAUCAAUGGAAAAUGUUUUUCAUUUAUAAUAUCAAGUUAAUUUUACCAGCUUGCAGCUUAAGUAGAAUGUAGAUGAGUUCUUCCAGUGUGUUCAGAGGAAGAAGAAAAUGUUACUUUUAAAGCUGCCAAAAAGCAGUAAUGAGUGCAUCAUUUUCUCCUGAGAGAAGUCUGAAUGGACUGGAGCCAUGCAAACAUGUUAUAUUUAAUUCAUUACAUUUCAGAUGUGUAGCUUUAAGAGUUCAAAUCUUUCCAUAGCUUCAGUUACUUUUACAAAGAACAUUCCUGCAUCAUCUCAGUGUUUGCAAGGGAAAACAUUCCAGUUUUGAAUAUGGUACUCCUCUAAAUGGUUUAUACGUUUUGACUUUUUUCCUGUUGUAAGUUUUGUAGUUUUUUUUUUGUUUUUUUUGUAACUGUAGAGAUUAUUGUCUUCAGAGUAAAUAAAUAUAUUUGAAUCAAA